AUGCAGCAGCAAUCCCAUACGCCGUCCAAGACAACAUCGACCUCUUCAUCGCCGAACAACAGAUCAGAAAUGAGCAAUUCCCUACAGCCUGGGAUGACGACAGAAGCUUAUUCAAUUUCGAUGGUACCUGCAUCGACUUCAGACAUCAUGAGGAGUUGGGAAGACUCUUUUCCCUCUUCUUCACCGCUGAAUACAAUCACCAGAUAUACUAUUCCGAUUACUACUACAUUGUCGAACGAAGGGACAACAAGAGGGUUGAGUGUGUCCUCUAUCAGAAACAGGUCGACCAUUGGAAGAGUCGACACUUCAAGGAGUGGGUCGGACAAAGCAUUAGUGCAAACAUGGAGUACUAUGCCACAAGACCAAGCUUACCUAGACAUGAACUUAUACCAUUUAUUCCCUUCCUUGACAGAGACAACUUUAGACAUGGGGUGUGCACUGAGUAUGGGGUGUACACCAUAUACAACUACCGUCGAGGGGGAGUGGUUGCCCAAUAUAGCUUGGUGGAACUCCAAUCUGUCUGGAGAAGAAACUAUGACAGCUUUAACUACCCAGUCAGAUGCCGAGGAGAGACUUGGGAGUUUGCAAGAUGGAUCAUGGGCCUCGAAUUUGUGUCCAUCGUCCGAACCAACCCAGCAUACAGAGACAGUAUCAACACAGAUACCUACUUACUUGAGGCAUCGCCGUGCGAGCCAAGAGCCAGUAGUGAACCCAGUGGUAGUAGUAGUAGUUCCAGCAGUGACAAUGAUAACAACAGCGGAAGCACCAGUGGUAGUGGAGUCAGAUCCAUUACUGAUGGAAUACGACGGAUUAAUACCAACAGAAGAAGAAUUGAAAGCAGACAUAGACCGGCUAGUAGGAAUAGGAUGCGCAGAGGAGAUAGAGUUGCCAGAAGAGGAAGACCAGGACGACCAAUGCGAUGGGCAGAGGACUUGUACUCUAGUUCAGAACAAUACGACAGCCCUAGAGAGGA